AUGGCGACGAUACUGACAACCAGAUCGGCGCUUGAAGGCGCGCUCGAGUGCAUGGAGCGCAUGAAUGCAGACAAGGCACUGAGAGGAGCCAAGGGAGCGCCGGCAUCGUGGACUGCCAGGACGCUGCUCAAGACCAUGCUGGAUUGUAGGAUGGCGCUGGCAAGGCUCGAGCCGGCAACAGACAGAGCUGGGACCAUGUUCCUUGGGAUCGAAUCAAAGGCACUUCACGGUCUUGCGCAAAGCCGUGAUCCAGUCAGCCUAGAUGCCGUGGCAUCAAAGCUGAACGAAUCGAUUCCGCGGAAAUUUGCUAAUACAGAGGACGUUGGCCAGGCAGUGUCGACCAUCGAAGAAGUCGCCAGCGGACUGCUAUCGUUUUCUGGCGGCCAACGCGAGGACCCAGCCAUAUGGACUGGUGUAGCGCUUUAUUUCCUACUACACUCGUUCGCAACUACAAAGGGUGCGCCAGAUACUGCAUACAGGGCAGUGUUGACUGCUGGUGAAGCUUUCAAAGCACUCGGCUUCGAGUACUUGCAAUGCGACUGCGCGUUGGUUCUCAUCGACAAACACUGGCAGCAGAACGCCGCCAAGUUUAUAGUUGCCCAGGCUAUAACAAGAUCGCUAGAGAUGGGCGAUCUAGUGCGUGCCCAGAGCAUUCUGAACAAGACGAAGGAGCGGUGGAGCGACCUGUGGAUCCAGUACCUGGCCAAGGUUGUCACCCGGUCGGUUGAUUCUGAUGCGCUAUGGCUCGAAUUCGAUGCCAGAGACGAAUGGACCCAUGUGUGUUCUGACUCUUCCCAGCUACUGCGAGAUAAGGACCCAUCAUUCCAAUACAUGCGUGGUUCAAAUGACGAGCACCCGCUAUGCGCAGAGCUCUGCCCACGCGAUCCUAAGAACCUGGGGAGUCUCAGUAAGACUGAACGCCAGCAGAGGCCCAACUACUUCUUGGCAGUCCGGCUCAGCAACCCAUCGCUGCAAACACAGCUCCAGCAUUUUUACAAGAGUGUCUCAGAAACCUUCCCCAGGCACAGCCGGUAUCUUAUCAACCCCACGCUAUCACAUGUAACAUUGGGCACAAUGUUCCUGGAAAAGCACGACAUCCCUGGCGCAGUUGACCUCUUGGAGUCGUUCGCCGAUCUAGUCAACGAGUACAUCCAGGAGCCACCCAAACUGACGCUUAAGGGGAUUGGCAACUUUGGCGGUAAUCGUGUCGUGUUUGCCAACGUCGAUGCCAGCCACGGGUUUCAGUCACUAGUGCGCGACAUCCGGGUGAUAUUUUGGUCGCACGGCUACUCUAACACCCCUUUGCUGGCGCCCAGGCGCGUACCUGCCUUCCAAGUGACUAGUGGGCACGUCAUGGACUGGAAACCACAUGCAACACUGAUGAAGGUGGGCUCGCUAGCAAUGCCUGUAUCUGUGAAAAAGGCCAGAGAGCAGAUCAAGUCCUCGCUGGCGAAACUGGAAAACAGUGGGACUCCUCGCAAGAAGCCUGCGACCAAGAUCCCAGGAUUCGUAUUUAAGAACUUUAUGAACCACUCGUUUGGAUCGCAGAUCGUGUCUCGGAUCGAGCUGCUGUCGAUGACGGUGAAGGACAAGGACGGCUACUAUGCGCGCCUUGGUGGGCUGGAUAUAGACAAGUGA